AGUGCUAUGGGAGUUCAGUCUGCAUGGAAUGUUCUCUCUUUUUAGUUCUAUUUUCCGAUCAAUAGGAUUCUUUUUUUGUUAUUUCAUUCCACGUCAGAUUCUCUUAUCAAGAUGUGAUGCUCAUUGAAGGGCGGUGAAGAUCACUCAUUGGACCAAGCACUGAAUGAAUCUAUUUUAGCUCCUUUUGGCAAAGCAUUGUGCCACGUGGUCCAGUGAUUUGAGAGAGUCUUGCUCUGUAACUGUUAGAAUGAGCUAUUGAAAUCGUUUUCUUUCGCCAGCUUUCUUUUGGCUGUGCACAAAGUAGGCAUAUCUUAGACCUAUUCGAAUUCUCUGUCGUUCUCGAUGGUUUUAUCACCACAUUAUGCUUGAACAUUGAGAUGCACUAACACUAGUCGUGUUGUACCCUCCUCUUAUAUCCGACGUGUCGCUCUAGAAAAUCUCCUGUAUUAGAACAAUUCAUAUAUCCAUACUUGACAGUUGACACAUGUUCGUUUCCUGUAAGAAUGAGCCACCAUCUGAAACAUUAUAUCUGCUGAAAUAAUAUUCUUUUUUGUUCAUUGUCUUGAUUUUGUGAACUCUAGUAUUCCAGAAUUAGGCAUGUAUACAUGAACUCGUCUAAAUGUUACUCGCCAUGAAAAGAGAAUGAUGUUUUGUCUUUCCCUCAAUGAAUGGACAUUGGUUGGUUUGGUUCUUCUCAAAAUUUCAGUUUCAUGGCAUCAAGGCUUGAGAGAGCUGUUAGGAAUUUAGGACCUAUCGGAAGUUGUCACAUGAAGACCUAUAUCAGAUUACGUACCUGACCUUUUAACCUUCUUGUGAAGAUUAAUUAGAUAUCUCCUUUAGGUUAUUAGAUGUCAGAUUUGUAUAGAUUAUGAUGUGCCAAGUAAAAAACAUGCAUCUUUUUGGAUCGAAUAAUUAAUUUUUGCACACCAGGGGCACACAAAAUGCAUUUUGUGGAGCAUCACAGUCUAUAGCUGUUCAGGUCAUUUUCAAAAACGUCUUUUGCACACGUUGGCAACAAAAUCAUUUGUAUGUGAGAUGAUAAGCUUUGCGUCAGAAUUUUAAAAUAUCUUCGCUUCCACUUAUGUUGGUGGACGAAUAGUGACAACCUCCGGUGCUAUAUAAACAACCUCAUAUUCAGCUCUGUACAACAGAAGUGAUCCGGCAGUUGCAUAUGCAUUUUGUGCUUGUCUCCCACCUUUAAAGCCUCCGCCUUCCCUCUUUUCCCAUCAUUCAAUACUCAUAAAUGGAGUAUGCUAAUUUGCGACGCCAAGCAGCAUCCUUGAAAAGAAGCCUCUUUGAUCAGGGGUAUUUGGAUGAACAAUUUUGUCAGGUCGAGGACUUGCAGGAUGAAGCUAGUCCUAAUUUUGCAGAAGAAGUGGUUUCCUUGUUCUUCAAGGACUCGGCCAGACUAGUGGCAAAUAUUGAGCAAGCUAUGGAGAAGUAUCCGGGAGAUUUCAAUAGAUGGGAUGCACACAUGCAGCAACUAAAAGGAAGCUGUUUUAGCAUUGGCGCUUCUAAGAUGAACAAUGAGUGCACAUCAUUCAGGAAUAGCUGCGGACAAGAAAAUGCUGAAGGCUGCAGGAAAUCUUUCCAGAAAGUGAAGAGGGAGCAUGCUAUCCUUAGGCAGAAGCUGGAGUCGUACUUCCAGCUUCUGCGACAAGCCGGUCCUGCCAGGACUGCAACCAGGUCUGGAGGCAAGUAAGCAGCUGGCCCCCUUGGCAGUCAUACAAGCAGGCAUACUAGUAUUGGGAUGCGGUGAAUAAAAGGCCCAUGAACAGGAGGCAUGCUUGGUGAUGCUGUGGGUGCAAGUUAAUGCCUACAAGAUACUCAUAUAACCUUCAUUUAAAGAAAAUAUAUUAUAUAAUCAAGGGCGGCCUAUUGGUGUCCUGUGGUGAUAAUAAAUACUCUGAUAUUGUAUUGUGUCGUGUCCGCGCUUAUAUGCGAUUUAUAAAAUGGAGCGAGCUUGCAUUUUAUUUUA